AUCCAUAAUUAUUUUCAUUACUUGUGUCAACCUUGUUCAUAUUCUUCUUAUUCCAGCUUUUAAACUUCCAAGGAAUGUGCGUUGUACUUGGCGCCGCAAAUACCAAUCCAAACUCACUUUGCUUCGAUAAUCCUUAUAACUGCCCCUGACCCCGUCGGUCAGGGUACACGUAGUAAUACCUCAAGAAGGCUUGCGUCGCAAUUCAAAUGUCCUCGUACUCUCCACCCCUACUCAUUCUACGCGAUAUAUAAUCGAUCUCCUGCAACGAGAAAUGGCUGAUGCGAGCGGAUCAUCAAACGCAGCCUAUCGAACAGAUGACCUAGACGGAGAGCUUCAAUAUUACAAAGACCUUCUAGAACGACUCUUAAGCUUUAUACGCCAUGCUGACCGGGAGGAUAUUUUCCAAGUCAUAUCCGUGAUACGUUCCAACGCUUCCAAUGAACGAAUCUUUAGCGCUAUUUCUGAGGCCAUGGAAGUGAACGGCGAUACGAAUAACGAUGGAAUGACGAAAGGCUGAAUUCGACAGAUAAAUUUCGAUCGUUGCCGUUGGCUGUUAUAUACACCUUCGCACUGAAACUGAUCUUCUGCUCUGGGCGGUAUUACCAAUUGGUGGGCGUCUGGGCAUCACGAGAGCUCUAAUUUUCGCCCUUACAACUGGCUCAUGCUGGCCCCUUGGACAACGCAUUCCCCAGCGUCGAGUUUCGCUAUACUGUCUCGCAGCAGCUACUUGUAUUCAUGUUAUUUGUCUUUUAGUGUACGAAGCUCUGAUACACGCACA